CUUCCUCAAAUGUGGAUGAGGAAUAGUCGAUGAGGAUACCAAUUUAUAAAUACUUGGACCAGAGUCAAGCAUCCUUUAGUGUAACUGUGGCUUGCUCCCUGCCGUGGACCUGUUUCAUUUGUCUCGUUGUGAUCUUUCAGCAGGUGGUUCUAUUGGGACUGCAACACAUUCUGGUGGCUCAUUAGAAACAUGGAGAGACUACUCUACUUUGUUGUGUGCGCUAACAUUUGGAUUGGAUUUUCGGAAAGCCAUCAGAUUCUAAGCAGCGGCGGAAUGAAGGAGUGGUGGGAGAGCACUCUGAUUUAUCAGAUUUACCCACGCUCCUUUAAGGAUUCAAAUGGGGAUGGCUACGGUGAUCUAAAUGGUAUUCUUGAAAGACUGGAUUAUGUCAAGGAGAUAGGCGUGGACACAAUUUGGAUUCAACCGUUCUACAAGUCGCCGAUGGCUGAUAUGGGUUACGACGUUGCUGAUUAUCGAGCUGUUGAUCCAAUGUUCGGUACCAUGGAUGAUUUUAAGAGGUUACUAAAAAAUAGUCAUGAGAAAGGGAUGAAAGUGAUUGUUGACUUUGUGCCGAAUCAUAGUAGUGAUCAAGGUGAGUGGUUUAAGCUCUCCGAACAACGUAUCGAACCGUUCACAGAUUUCUACGUUUGGAAGGACGGUAAACGGAUUAACGAAACUCACACAACACAUCCAAAUAAUUGGCGAAGCGUUUUCCGAGGUCCAGCAUGGACUUGGAGUGAAAAAAGGAAACAAUAUUACUUUCAUCAGUUUGCGCCGCAACAGCCGGAUCUCAACUAUUACAACCCUCGUGUGCGUCGAGAAAUGGAGGAUGUACUGAGAUACUGGUUGGACUUGGGGGUUGACGGAUUCCGAGUUGACGCGGUGAAUCACUUGUUGGAGGCGGAGCACUACGCGGAUGCGCCAGCCGGCAUCAAAGGAGGACUCGGUGUCAUCGAAGGAGUCUCCAUGGUUUACAUGAUGCGCCAACCUGGAAAUUUGCAACUUAUCAAAUCAUGGCGGGCAGUUCUCGAUGAGUACGUUAAAAAGGAUGGACAAGCGAGAUUAUUGAGCACGGAAGCCUACGAUAUGCCUAAAAUUCUGAGCCUUCAGUUGGGGAACGCUACUCACCCUGGAGCUCAAAUUCCAUUUUUCGUUCGGAUGGCAUGGCUCGAUUUCGAUACCACCGCGUCAAAGCUGAACUCCUACAUCCAAGAAAUGAUUGAAUCCUUUCCCGCUCGCUCCUUCAAUUGGGCCAGGGACAACCACGACAAUCCUAGGGUGAGCACGCGAUACUACCCGGAGAGCGUGGAGGCAUGGAACAUGCUACUUCUCCUCAUGCCCGGAGCCACGUGUAUUUAUUACGGGAGCGAGCUCGGAAUGGAAGACGCCCAUGUCCGCGCUAACCAACGCAAAGACCUUCAAAAUGCCGGCGGUGAUCGCACUGAGACCCGCGACGGAUGCAGAUCCCCCAUGCUCUGGAAUAAUACCAGAAACGCAGGGUUCACGACUGCGAAAAAUCCGUGGCUACCUGUCCACCCGAACUACUGGCGGACAAAUGUAGAGGCUCAAAGGCAGGACCCCAACAGCCACCUCAACAUUUACAAACGACUCGUUGAGCUAAGAAGGAUGCCUGUCAUCCGUCAUGGAGAUUUGCGCACCUAUGUGCUGGAGGAAAUGGUAUUCAUGUUUACAAGGUCUUUCAAGAGUGAUACUGUAGCAGUGCUGAUGAAUUUGGGAUCAGAAACUGAGAAGAUUUGCGUCCAAGAUUCAGCCUCACUGUUACCGGACACGAUGUUCGUUCAUACCAGAAGUCCUAAUUCAGGGAUGAACGUUGGAGAGGAGGUGAAAAUAAGAGAUGCGGGCAAAACGGAAUGCAUUUACGUGAGGCCACAAUCGGGACUUGUAUUGAGCACAUUUCUCAGUGAUCCUAUGGGCUCAAUCAGUCUAUCCAGUGGUGCUCCUCUUUCGUCGUGGUCUUUCGCUGUUCUUCUACUAUCAAUUUAUUUAAAAAUCUUCAUCAGCUAGCACAUUACAACACAAAAUGUCAGAGAUCAAAUAAAUAGAUUGCUUUUGCCCAGCCCCCUCUAA